AUGGAAGAAGAUGAUCAUGCUCCUCUUUGGUGUUAUGUUACAAAACUAGAAAAAAUGGGAGGAGGUGGUAAUACUAGGUUUAAAUGCAAUUACUGUCAACAAGAGUACAGGGGGUCAUACUUUAGGGUCAAGGCACAUUUGUUAAAACUUUCUGGCAAUGGGAUUAGAGUGUGCCCCAAAGUGACUCCGCAACACCUUGCUGAAAUGCAAAGGAAAAUUGAAGAAGCUGAGAAGAGGUUAAAGAUGGCUAUGCCUAAAAAAAUUCCUUUACCACCUUCCACCCAAUCUACUUCAACAAGUUCAGGGACUUUAGAUAUUGGAGGAUUUAGGAUGGAGGGUGCAUUUCAAUUUGCUGCCAACAAUCCAAUUCCUGGUUAUGUACCACCCGGUUAUAACUUGUUGAGGACUACAUUGCUUCAAAAGGAAAGGGCUAAUGUAGAGAGGUUGUUGGAGCCAACUAGAGCAUCAUGGAAGGAAAAAGGGUUGAGUAUUGUUUCAGAUGGAUGGACUGAUUCUCAAAGAAGGCCCCUUAUUAAUUUUAUGGGAGCAUCAGAAGUUGGGGCAGUGUUCUUGAAAGCUGUUAAUUGUGAAGGCGAGCAUAAAGACAAGUUUUUUAUUUCCAACUUAAUUAGUCAAGCAAUUGAGGAAGUUGGACAUCAGAAUGUCAUUCAAGUCAUUACAGAUAAUGCUCCCGUGUGUAGUGCAGCUGGUUUACUCAUUGAAAGUAAGUACCCGAAUAUCUUUUGGACACCAUGUGUAGUUCACACAAUGAAUCCUGCUCUUUAG